AUGAUUAGCAUUCAUGGUGAAUCAUUAUUUUCAUUAGCUUGCUCACAUGGCAAUGAAACGUGUACUCUGUACAAAAUCGAUAUUGACCUAGUUGGUGGCCGUGCUAUAUCAAAUCAAAUUGCCGAAUGGCAUCAAUCAAAUGUUGUCGAUGGAUUUGGAUCCAUAGCUGGAUUCAAGAAUGGCAAGAUAGGUUAUAUUGUAAUGACAACUAAUUGUGACUCUCAAGCAAAUCUUAUAAAUAUUAGUGAUCUAUCGCAAUCAGUAUCAUCUAUAAUGAUGAAGACAUCGUGUACGCAACCAAUUCACUCAAUGGCAAAUAGAUGGUUGUUGGCACUAGGUACAGCUUCCAAUGGUGUUGGUGGUUCAUAUCCUGUAUCAUUAUAUAUAUUUGAUCCAAUAUCAGGUUUAUCAAAUCGUGACAUUGUUCAAUUCAAUACUACGUUUACCAAGUCAUAUCAAGUAUUACAUCCACAAACGGGCUUUUCAGCUCUUAAUUUAAAUGCAACUGCGCCAAUUUUUUAUACAAUCUUGUACAAUCUAGUUAACAACACACGUCACAUUCUAUCCAUUAAUAUUAAAACUGGAGGAUGGUCAUUAAAGCAAAUUGGUGAUAAUUUAUUACGUAAUUUCGCAUUUUCGAAUGAAUUAAAUGCACCUGUUUGUGACUGUUCGCUUGGUGGUAUUUGUGUACUCAACUGGGAGAAUGCUCAAUGGGAUUUAUUCUUACCAAUUCCAAAUUUUAAUAGUUUUAUGGAUUGGGCAUUUUCAACUGAGACACAAACUAUGUAUUUCAUUCGAAAACAAAACAUCAUUGUAAUUGAUCUAUCGAAUAAGUUUUCAUUUCAAUAUCGUGUUUUACCAUUAAUUGAACAAACUGGAUAUAUUAGUGGUAUUGACAAGACAGUAGUGUUGGAUAUGAACUUUUUAUCAACUACUCGUAAUCAAGAUCUUGCUGAAAUAUUUGCUGGUAUAUUAUCAAAUAUUGAUGCUAACAUGACAUCAGUCCUCUUACAAAUCAAUAUUAAUCCAUCAAUACGAUCUUCAACUGAUGGAAGACAAACUUGCAAAUUAUUACCAUGUUAUUGGUCAGAUUCAUGCGAAUCUAGACAAUUAAAAUAA